UUCAUUAACCAAUUCAGAAAGAGAUCACCGGAGAGAAAAUAAAUUUAAUCAAUGGCAGCAAGACAGCAACCAAAAGGAACAGGAUUAGGGGUUCAGUAUGUGGAUCUUGUCCCCAAAUCCGAAUGGAAAGAACAACCUGAGGCCAAUAUACUCACUAUUGAUCUUCCAGGUUUUGCAAAGGAGCAAGUGAAGGUAACCUUUGUGCACACCUCGAAGAUGUUAAGAGUCAUGGGAGAACGUCCCCUGGCUGAUCGGAGAUGGAGCCGUUUCAACGAAGUGUUUACAGUUCCACAGAAUUGUCUAGUGGAUAAGAUCCAUGGGAGCUUUAAUAACAACACUCUCACCAUCACCAUGCCUAAGGAGACGAUUACAAAGAUGCCUAAUGUACCAGAAACUUCUAAAACUGUGGCUGAGAGGGUGGAGAAGCUAGAGGAGAAGAGGCUGUUGGAAGAAGCUAGAAAGAAGGAAGCAGAGGCUGAGAAGAUCAAGAAGCUUCUUGAAGAGAAAGAGGGGAUAAUUAGAAAGCUGCAAGAAGAAGCUAAAGCAAAAGAGAUGGCUGAGGCGAAGAAGCUGCAAGAGGAAGCUAAAGCAAAAGAGAUGGCUGAGGCAAAGAAGAUGCAAGAAGAAGCUAAAGAAAAAGAGAUGGCUGAAGCGAGAAAGCUUCAAGAAGAAACUAUAGCAAAAGAGAAAGCUGAGGCAAAAAAGCUUGAAGAAGAGGCUAAAGCAAAAGAGAAGCUUGCGGAAGAAGCUGCACUAGAGAAGAGCAUCCAGGAGAAGAAGUCUGUGGACUCUACCAAAUCCGUGUCUGAAAGAGUAAGCGAGGUUAUGAAAUCAGCGGAAGAGAAACUAGGUUACUUGGGGGAGAAGGAAAAGAAAAUAAGGAAAGGAAUAUUGGAGAAAGUAAGGGGAAAAGAUUUAACAAGUGAAGAGAAGAAGUCAAUGGUAAAUAUAGGAGUGGCUACUCUGGUUCUGUUUGCACUUGGAGCUUACGUUUCUUACACCUUUUGCUCAUCUUCUUCUUCUUCAUCUUCAUCAUCAUCAUCAUCAUCAUCAUCAUCAUCAACUUCUACGUCUCCUUCUUCUUCAUCACCUUCUACAAAACCAGAAUGAUAUGUUCUGAAGAUGUGAGAAGGAGAACAUUUAUAUAUACUCUGUAAAUGUGAUAUACUGUAUUGUGUAAUGUAAUAAAAGUUUUAUUGAUCGUGAAA